ACUGUAAAAUACUUUGAUAUUGUGAGAGAAAAUCAUAAAUGAACCUUUCCUAGUUUUUCAUGCUUAGCAGAGAAGCUGACACAUGAAAAUAAUGGUGUAGGAACAUACAGAAUCAGAGAAUUGAGUUAGAUACAACAUAAUUACAAAUAGGCAUUGUAAUACUAUGCAAGAAGUAAAACAAGGAUUCAAACGGGCUAAGCAUGAGGCUUCAAGCUCUAUCCUUUCAAAGGCAAUCUAAGAUAAACGUGUGAAUACAGGGAAGACAUGCCAAGGGGUAUGACAGAACCAAGAAGGGUAUUCCCAUGAGAAAGUAUGUCUAUAGUAAUGCAAACUAUAAAAGCAGUGUUCUGUUAUUGAUUGGGGUUGUACCCUGGAGUUCACUCUAUACACGUGUAUAAACAGUUUUGCCUUGCAUGCCAUAGUCUUAAUAAUUCUUGCUGGUUUGCUUUUUCAAAUCUGUUUGGCCUGUUUAUGCAGAAUUUGACAAUUACUUAAAAAUUUGGGGCCUAACCCUAAACUCACUGAAUUAACUGAGACUUAUUUCUGAAUUAACAUAUCUGCAUUAAUAAUCUAAUAAAAAUAAACAGAAUACAUUAAAUGAAUGUUACUGAAAAGACACAAUUUCACAGCAUAAACUUGUAUGAUUAACCAAAACCCCUCUGAAAAAUCUACUCUCAAAUACAUAUUUAUGCACCUUGUUUAAAAUAAAUGAGUAAAUGCUACAUUAAGCUAAUAUUAUGCUUGCCCUGUAUGUAUUUCAUUAAAGCUUAACAGAAUCCCUUAAUUCUGUUGAAAUGUUAUUUCAUUUACAUAACUUUUAACCAGAAUGUAAAGGGUAAGAACUAGGAAAGCCAAGCUGGCUGGGGAAUGCUAGGUAAGACUUCUGUCUAAACAUGUAUAGGAUUGAACCUUCAGAGCACAGUCCUAUGCAUGCUUAAACAGAAACAGUCCAGCUGCAUACACCAAGAGGUGUAACACUUAUCUAUCCUAACACAUAUAGGAUUAUUCCCUUAAACUCAUAACUAUUCAGUUAAAAGAAUUUUGCUUUUACACAAGUGUAGCGGCAUGCAACAUCAUAGAUAUUUUUAUCUCUACUAGUAAAUUUGCAAUAGAUCCGUAUGGGUUUCUAACUCUUCAGUUUUUAGCAAUAGUAACAUAGUGACAUUUUCCAGUUAAGUUUGAUUGCUGAAAGAAGAGAAUGUAAGGUAGCAGGAAUUCUCAUGUGAAAGGGCAAUGUACUCAAUAGGGUUCUGCUAUUGAAAACUAAUUAGGCUGCAGUCCUGUGCUCCCAGACAAAGGUUUGGCAGCCACAGGAAGUCCAGGUUCUUAGAUCCAAGAUCAGAGACACCACUCUGAUCUCUGAGCUGAGAAUCAGACCUUGAAUUCCCUCACUUUGCAGGCAAGAACUGUACCAGCUGCUCUCUGAGGCUUAAAAAAACCAGAUGAGCUGAGCUUUACUAAGACAUGUGGAAUACUCACGUUUCUUAUACAAGAAUGGGAGUGUACAAGUGGGACCUGCAGUGGACUUUUGCAAUGCACCCUUGCCUUCUGGGAGGAGUGUUCCUGUUCCAAGUUCCUGUCAGCCAGUGAAGUUGUACUCAAUGAGUAAGCUGAAAGGCGUUCACACAAAGUAUUUCCACUGCACAUCUUACCGAUUUUUCUUUCCUAUUUGAUGCUCAUAAUUUUUCGGUUCAUGUCUUCCAUUUGCUGAGCAUACAUAGUCCUCAUUGGGCUGUUUUUUGAGAAUUUGCAGCAUUUUUAAAAGCUUCUUUUCCUACAAAUCUUGUGGUUCUCCUGAGCAUAUUGAUGAGCAUACGUGCAGUUUAUAAAUUUAAAAAAAUAAAUGUCCCUCUUGUUUCAGUGAUCCUAUUUUGGUUCCAUUUCUGUUGGCUCUUAUUACCUAAUAUCACUCUUGGAAGAAAAAUGUCCUAUCAUACUGACACACCAGGCCAGAGUAAAAAAUGGCACUUCCACAUGUUAAUUUAUGUGGCAUUAAUUCAGAUUUGGCCUCUGACAAAGAUAUAUAACAUCAUUUAACUUCUGUUUUCUUAACUGUCUUACUGAAAAUAUUCUGCUUCUUAAAUUAGCUAUUAUUACAUCUGAUUCACCUAAGUUCCAUUUAAACUUGUUCAGAUUUAUUACGUAGGAGCACUGAAGAACUAUGAAGUUGUUUUGUGCGGUGCUGCUGAGAAAAAUACAAUGUCGCAUCUGGAUAUGUUCAGCAUUGGUUUUAAAGAAAGACAAUCUAAUCCCACAUAACUUUAUCUAUGGUCAUAGACUGCUGUCAGAUCACAGAUGUAGGAACAUUAAAGAUUCUUACAGUCUGCUUCAACUUCAGGAAGGCUGUUCAUUGGAUGAUGUCAGAAAUUCAUACCGAGAUCUUGCCAAGAAAUAUCACCCAGACAGUGGAUCUCCUACAGCAGAUUCUGCAAUUUUUGUGCAAAUUGAAGAUGCCUAUAGAGUUGUGCUCAAUGAUGUAGCUAAGAAUAUUAAAUUAAAAGAAAAGGUAGAAGAUGAUGAAGACGACAAAUUCAAACCUAAAACACCUCAACACAGACAGUAUUUAAGUUUUGAAGGCAUUGGUUAUGGUACUCCAAGUCAAAGGGAAAGACAGUAUAUGCAGUUCAGAGUUGAUCGGGCUUCUGAACAGGUCACUGAAUACCGAAAACAAAAAAUAGAGAGACAACUUGCUAUGAGCGAUGCUAUCUUAGUUAAAGAUGUACGGCAGAGCAAGAAAGCAAAAAUUACCCAAGCAAUUGAACGGUUGGUUGAAGACCUCAUUCAGGAAUCUAUGGCAAAAGGAGAUUUUGAUAAUCUUAGUGGUAAAGGAAAACCAUUACAAAAGUUUUCAGACUGUCCGCAUAUUGAUCCUAUGACUCACAACCUGAACCGGAUCCUUAUAGAUAAUGGUUACCAACCAGAAUGGAUUCUUCUGCAGAAAGAAAUACGGGAAACAAUUGAAAAAUUAAGAAAGGAUAUAGUUGCUUCUAGGAGUACAUUAGGUGAUCCAAUGACACCACAAAAAGAGAAACAAUGGAAGGAGAUUUGCGAACAAUUUAUAGAAAAUAUCAAAGUAUUGAACAAAAAAAUUAAUAACUUCAACUUAGUUGUCCCAAUUCUUAGUAGACAGAUGGUACAUUUUAAUGCAAGCAAAGAAAUUGCACGUGCCCAAGAGAUCUACAUAUCCACUUUUAAAAAAAAUGCCAGAAAAGAGACACAGAAUACAGAAGACAAAAGUGGUACAGCAUCUGAUAUUAAAAACAGCUUUUUAAAGUGGAUGAAUCUGAUUUUGAAGUAAGAUUAUGCCAAUAGUUGCUAUCAUAUGUCAAGAUUUGUAUUAAUUUUGUAAGACAAAUGUUUUUUCGACUUACUGUUGCAAGAUCCCCCAGUUUAAGCAGGUAGUAACUGAGCUUUAUGUGGAAGCAUAGAAAGAAAUAAAGAUACAUAUAUCAGUAA